UUUUCUUCAUGUGGCAUCACCUUCUCCUAGCAAUUAAUUGGCAUUCGUGGGUAAUUAGUGUUGACGGCUGGCCCUGGCAAGCCGGCAGCACCCUUAUGCCCAGAGUUGCUCCAGACACAGAAGGGACAGUACCACGUUGUUUAUCCAAGACCCUUUCUGACUCCUGGCCGCUGAUCGAUGCAGUUAAUGAGAAACCCCGGCUCAGGGAAGAGGCAACAAGUUGCGUGCUGGGAGGUUUUUUUCUCUGCAGUGGGACUGGAAAGGGCAGGCAAACACACAGGCACAAGGAGCCGAGCGUGGGGCUGCAGGGUGCAGGCAGGACCUGGGACCAUGGCCAGGCUGGUGGAGUGUGUCCCCAACUUCUCAGAGGGGAAUAACAAGGAGGUGAUCAAUGCACUGGGGGAAGCCAUCUCCCGGACACCAGGUUGUGUGCUGCUGGACGUGGACGCCGGCGCCUCCACCAACCGCACUGUCUACACCUUUGUGGGGUCCCCCGAGGCCAUCGUUGAAGGGGCACUGAGUGCGGCCCGCGUAGCUGGGCAGCUCAUAGACAUGAGCCGGCACACGGGUGAACACCCUCGCAUGGGAGCCCUGGACGUGUGCCCCUUUGUGCCAGUGAUGAACGUCAGCAUGGAGGAGUGCGUCACCUGCGCCCACGUCUUCGGGCAGCGCUUGGCAGCGGAGCUGGGGGUGCCUGUUUACCUGUACGGAGAGGCGGCGCAGGAGGAGAGCAGGAAAGCCCUGCCCGCCAUCCGUGCCGGAGAGUAUGAGGCACUUCCCGAGAAGCUUGCAAAACCAGAGUGGGCUCCCGACUUUGGGCCCCCAAACUUUGUCCCCCGGUGGGGGGCCACGGUGACGGGCGCCCGGACCUUCCUUAUUGCGUACAACAUCAACCUGCUGUGCACCAAGGAGCUGGCUCACCGCAUCGCCCUCAAUCUCCGUGAGCAGGGUCGUGGUGCUGACCAGCCCGGGCGCUUGAAGAAGGUGCAGGGCAUUGGCUGGUAUUUGGAGGAAGAGAAUAUAGCCCAGGUUUCAACGAACCUGCUGGACUUUGAGACCACACCGCUCCACACUGUCUACGAGGAGGUCUGCCGAGAUGCAGAGGCACUGAACCUCCCUGUGGUGGGGUCCCAGCUGGUGGGGCUUGUCCCCAAGAAGGCCAUGCUGGACACGGCUGAAUUUUACAUCAAGAAGGAAAAACUCUUCAUCCUGGAGGAAGAACAGAAGAUCAGGCUGGUGGUCAGCCGGCUGGGCCUGGACUCCCUGUCUCCGUUUCAUCCCCAGGAGCGCAUCAUCGAGUACCUGGUGCAGGCAGGAGAGGUGGACAGCGGUCUGGUGGCCAAGCCGCUGGGUGCCUUUGUGCGAGCCGUCGGUGGGAGGUCAGCAGCGCCAGGAGGAGGCUCUGUGUCCGCAGCCGCAGCUGCCCUGGGAGCAGCACUAGGCUGCAUGGUGGGGCUGAUGAGCUAUGGGAAGCGGCAGUUUGAGGAGCUGGACCCCAUCAUGAGGAAGCUGAUCCCCCCCUUCCACCAGGCCAUGGAUGAGCUGGUGGCGAUGGUGGACGCUGACUCCCGUGCCUUCAGCAGCUACAUGGAAGCUAUGAAGCUGCCAAAAAGCACCCCUGAAGAGCGGGAAAGGCGCACGGCUGCCAUGCAACAGGGGCUGAAGACAGCUGUGAGAGUCCCCUGUGCCCUGGCAGAGAGGGUGAGCGGGCUCUGGCCUGCUCUGAAGGAGCUGGCACGCCACUGCAACCUGGCCUGCAAAUCUGACAUCCAGGUGGGAGCCAAAAUGCUGGAAGCAGCUGUGUUUGGAGCUUACUUCAACGUCAUGAUCAACCUCAAAGACGUAACGGAUGAGAAAUUCAAGCUUGCGAUGUCACAGAAGGUGUCUGGGCUGCUGGAGGAGGCGAAGCAAGGCUUGGCGCUCGUGCUGGCACUGCUGGAGAAGCGGGGGGCCUGAGAGGGGCUCAGGGAUGGGCUGGGGGCUCUGCAGUGGCAAAUACAGCUGGGAAACAUGCA